AAUCUUUAUAACGAGAAAUCUUAUCAGAUAUGGGAAACAUGCAUCAGAGAAAAAUUCGCCAAAGGUUUACAAAUAUAUUAUUGGGUGUGGGGUUUUAAAGUUCGAAUUGGGUCACUUGGUGUCAAGUGUAGUUAUGAUUGUGGUUAUUAUUGUAAAGAACGGAAAAAAGGUGGAGAAAGGUUAGAAAAUUGGCUAAACAAGAAAAAUGAUGUGAUGCGCCAAUCCCAUUCAAGAG